AGUGGAGGUAGGUCCGUUAGUUCUGUAGUCGCAACCGCGUUCAUUUCUCUGGUAGGCCUACUACACGUUUUUUCUUCUUUUUUUUGCCCUACUACGUUGAAGUUGAACAUUGAUCGUGCUACACUGCACUUUCCGAGGAAAAGCCUCCACUAAAACUUAGCCAUGCUGUAGUGUUGUUGGAACGCCUUUAUCUUUGAUUAUGCCAUGCGUUUGCUGUGUCAUUGUUCACAAUGUCACAACAAGAUGUCCAUCUAGUGUUGGAUUACUUUUUCAACAAGAUAUAGCAUUUUGAUUAUGGUAGCGUGUGACUGUUUCUUCAGACCUGAGUUAAGGAUAAUCCGACACCUUUUCAAGCCGCUGCUAUUGUGGACUUCACGGUUCCCAAAGGCUUCAAGUGUUUUUUCCCCAUCUGAGCGCGCAAUGAGUUUCAAAGUCUGUAGAACACUGCUAAGAUGGCCUCUGCAGAAGUCAACUCUCCACUCCAGCUGAUGAGGAGCAUCAAAGAAGAGACGGAGGAGUUCAGAUUAGCUGAUUCUCCUGAACAACUGAACAUAAAAGAAGAGAGAGAAGAAUUCCCUGGUUCUUCAUCCCAGCUGAACGUAAAAGAAGAGAGAGAAGAGUUCCCUGCUUCUCAAGAACAGCUGAACAUAAAAGAAGAGACAGAGCAGUUCCACGCUUCUCCACCUCAGCUCAGGAGCGUAAAAGAGGACAGCGAGGAGACCCUGCGUUCUCUUUACAGUCUGAGGAGCGUAUCUGUAGUGCUGGUGGACUGCUGUAGACCACAAGGACGGCAGGAGAACAAUGAAGAGAACCACAGAGAUACAAGAAAGAGAUCUGGGCACUUGCUACUCUGCAGUUCCAGCGGAGCGGAGUUUAGUGGAAAAACACAUUCUGCUGCCUUCACUACAGAGAGGCCGUACCCUUGCAGCCAGUGUGACAAGAGCUUUAGGACAAAAAAAAAUCUCCGAAACCACCACCGUGUUCACACAGGGGAGAAACCAUUUUCAUGCUUAUACUGUGAAAAGACUUUCUCAAUGGCUACUACCCUCCAGCUGCAUCGCCGCAGUCACACAGGAGAGAAGCCGUACGCUUGCAGUCAGUGUGACAAGAGCUUUAAGAGAAAAGAUAAUCUCCAAGUCCACCAGCGUGUUGUUCACACAGAGGAGAAACCAUUUUCAUGCUUAGACUGUGGAAGGAGUUUUUCAACGGCUACUGCCCUCAAGAUGCAUCGCCGCAUUCACACUGGAGAGAAGCCGUACACUUGCAGUCAGUGUGACAAGAGCUUUAAGAGAAAAGAUGGACUCCAAAUCCACCAGCGUGUUGUUCACACUGGGGAGAAACCAUUUUCAUGCAAAGACUGUGGGAAGAGUUUCUCAUAUUCCUCUGCCCUCCGCACACAUAAUCGUAUUCAUACUGGAGAGAGGCCGCAUUCUUGCAAUCAGUGUGAAAAGAGCUUUAGGACAAAACAAAAUCUCCAAAACCACCACCGUGUUCACACAGGGGAGAAAAGAUUUUCAUGCACUGACUGUGGAAAGAGUUUCUUGCAGUCUUUACACCUCAACAUACAUCGCCUUAUUCACACUGGAGAGAGGCCGUACUCUUGCAGUCAGUGUGACAAGAGCUUUAAGUCAAAAGCAGAGCUCCAAAUGCACCACCGUGUUCACACAGGGGAGAAACCAUUUUCAUGCACUGACUGUGGAAAAACUUUCUCACAUUCUUCUAACCUCCACAGACAUCGUCGCAUUCACACUGGAGAGAGACCGCACGCUUGCAGUCAGUGUGAAAAGAGCUUUAAGACAAAACAACAGCUCCAAAGGCACCAGCAUGUUCACACAGGGGAGAAACCAUUUUCAUGCAAAGACUGUGGGAAGAGUUUCUCAGAUUCCUCUGCCCUCCACACACAUAAUCGUAUUCAUACUGGAGAGAGGCCGCAUUCUUGCAAUCAGUGUGAAAAGAGCUUUAGGACAAAACAACAUCUCCAAAACCACCACCGUGUUCACACAGGGGAGAAAAGAUUUUCAUGCUUAUACUGUGAAAAGACUUUCUCAACGGCUACUACCCUCCAGCUGCAUCGCCGCAGUCACACAGGAGAGACAGUCCUCUCACCUCCACACACAUCGUCGCAUUCACACUGGAGUGAGACCGUACGCUUGCAGUCAGUGUGACAAGAGCUUUAAGAGAAAAGAUAAGCUCCAAGUCCACCAGCGUGUUCACACAGGGGAGAAACCAUUUUCAUGCACUGACUGUGGAAAAACUUUCUCACA